AUGUCUUCUCCUUUUGUUCCUAAUACAUUGGCUGUGUACCAUAAUCUUUUAAUUUUAGAAGCUUCCUUUCGAAAGACAUAUCUACAGCUUUGCUCCCGUCGACGAAAAUAUCUAGCCUUUUACAUAUCUAUGUUGACAUGGAAUAUUUACUUUUCGUACCGGGUGUUUUUUCGGGUUUCACUAUAUUCGUUAAUCGACCUCAUUUAUAAAUUAUGUCUGCUCUCAGGGAUUGUAACCAUGUUGUUGUUUUAUGUCCUUGGACUUUAUCGUUCAAGCAUAGCAUAUCCUUCGCGUUACGUUCAACAGACAAACAAAGCUUUGCGCUUAUUUAACAUUCGCCUCGUAAUUACGUCUGUCCCUUUUUUCCAGUUUCGAAAUCCUUUAGACCACGGAGUUCAUUUGGUAUUAUCGAGUAAGCGUUUUGACAUCCUUGUCAUAGAAGGCUGGGAAGCGUUUCGGACGGCCUAUUUGACCUCUGAACAAAGACGUCAAAAGAGAAAAAAGCAAUUUCGUAAAUCAUCUGCAACUAUUGCACCUUCUUCCGCGUUGACACAAAAAUCAAGGAUGUUUUCAUCUCGACCCAAAAGUAGAAGGGAAGACCUGGCGAAACCUCCGCAGUUGGAUUCACUUUAG